AAGGCGCCGGGGUCGCGCCAUGGCCCUGGAGGCCGCCGGACGACCGCCGAAGGAAACCCUGUCGCUCUGGAAACGGGAGCAGGCCCGGCUGAAGGCCCGCGUCGUGGACCGGGACACGGAGGCGUGGCAGCGGGACCCCGCCUUCUCGGGGCUGCACAGGGUCGGGGGCGUUGACGUGUCCUUCGUGAAGGGGGACAGCGUCAGCGCCUGUGCCUCCCUGGUGGUGCUCAGCUACCCCGAGCUCCAGGUGGUAUAUGAGGAGAGCCGCAUGGUCCACCUGACAGCUCCCUACGUGUCGGGCUUCCUGGCCUUCCGAGAGGUGCCCUUCCUGGUGGAUGCAGUGCAGCGGCUGCGGGAGAAGGAGCCAGGCCUCGUGCCCCAGGUCGUUCUUGUGGAUGGAAACGGGGUGCUCCACUACCGAGGCUUUGGGGUGGCCUGCCACCUUGGCGUCCUUACAGAUCUGCCCUGUGUUGGGGUGGCCAAGAAACUCCUGCAGGUGGACGGGCUGGAGAACAACGCCCUGCACAAGGAGAAGAUACGACUCCUGCAGGCUGGAGGAGACUCCUUUCCUCUGGUGGGAGGCUCGGGGACUGUCCUGGGAGUGGCCCUGAAGAGCCAUGAGCACAGCACCAAGCCCCUCUAUGUCUCCGUGGGCCACAAGAUGAGCCUGGAGGCAGCUGUGCGCCUGACGCUCUGCUGCUGCAGGUUCCGGAUCCCGGAGCCGGUGCGCCAGGCUGACAUCCGCUCCCGAGAGUACAUCCGCAGGACCCUGGGGCCACCUGGGCCGCCUGCUCCAGCAGGAGAGGAGCCAGAAGGCACAGAGGCCACAGGCAUGCUCCAGAGGAGGCACAGGAGAGCCUGCAGGGGAGGGCACCCCUGAGGACCACAGCCGAGGACCCAGGACAGACCUGAAAGGCCUAAACCUGGGCUCCCAGGAGCAGUCUGGCAAGGGCUGGCAGGCCAGUGGAACUGGGCA